GCGAGGCCGCAGCAGCAGGGGCGGCGGGCGCUCGGACCCUGGCUGCCCCGCCGCGCCCCGCCCCGGCAUGGCAGCCCCAGUGGGCCGUCGGGGCUCAGAGACCGAGCGGCUCCUGAGCCCCAGUCCUGGGUAUGGCACCCGGGCCGGGGCUUCCCCCACCCCUCCGGAAGAGGAGGAUCUCCGCCGCCGGCUCAAGUACUUCUUCAUGAGUCCCUGUGACAAAUUUCGGGCCAAAGGCCGCAAGCCCUUCAAGCUCAUGCUGCAAGUCGUGAAGAUAUUGGUGGUCACCGUGCAGCUCAUCCUGUUCGGGCUCAGCAACCAGCUGGCCGUGACGUUCCGGGAGGAGAACACCAUUGCCUUCCGCCACCUCUUCCUGCUGGGUUACUCGGAUGGGGCGGACGACACUUUUGCGGCCUACACGCGGGAGCAGCUCUACCAGGCCAUCUUCCACGCUGUGGACCAGUACCUCCUGCUCCCUGAUGUGUCGCUUGGCCGGUAUGCCUACGUGCGAGGCGGGGGUGGCCCCUGGGCCAACGGCUCGGCCCUGGCCCUCUGCCAGCAGUACUACCACCGAGGCCACGUGGACCCAGCCAACGACACCUUUGACAUCGAUCCCAUGGUUGUCACUGACUGCAUCCGGGUGGACCCCCCCGAGAGACCCCUUGUGCCCCCCAGUGAUGAUCUCUCCCUCUCGGACGGCAGCGCCAGUUACAAGAACCUCACGCUCAAAUUUCACAAGCUGAUCAACGUCACCAUCCACUUCCAGCUGAAAACCAUCAACCUCCAGAGCCUGAUCAACAAUGAAAUUCCCGACUGCUACACCUUCAGCAUCCUGAUCACUUUUGACAAUAAGGCACACAGUGGGCGUAUCCCCAUCAGCCUGGAGACAAAGGCCCACAUCCAGGAGUGUAAGCAUCCCAGCGUCUUCAGGCAUGGAGACAACAGCUUCCGGCUCCUGUUCGACGUGGUCGUGAUUCUCACCUGCUCCUUCUCCUUCCUGCUGUGUGCCCGCUCGCUGCUCCGUGGCUUUCUGCUGCAGAACGAGUUUGUUGGGUUCAUGUGGCGGCGGCGGGGACGGGUCAUCAGCCUCUGGGAUCGGCUGGAAUUUGUCAAUGGCUGGUACAUCCUGCUGGUCACCAGCGAUGUGCUCACCAUCUCAGGCACCAUCAUGAAGAUCGGCAUAGAAGCCAAGAACCUGGCGAGCUAUGACGUCUGCAGCAUUCUCCUGGGCACCUCCACGCUGCUCGUCUGGGUCGGCGUCAUCCGCUAUCUGACUUUCUUCCAUAAGUACAACAUUCUCAUUGCCACACUGCGAGUGGCCCUGCCCAGUGUCAUGCGUUUCUGCUGCUGUGUGGCUGUCAUCUACUUGGGCUAUUGCUUCUGUGGCUGGAUCGUGUUGGGGCCCUACCAUGUGAAGUUUCGCUCGCUGUCCAUGGUGUCGGAGUGCCUGUUCUCGCUCAUCAACGGGGACGACAUGUUCGUGACGUUCGCUGCGAUGCAGGCUCAGCAGGGCCGCAGCAGCCUCGUCUGGCUGUUCUCCCAGCUCUACCUCUACUCCUUCAUCAGCCUCUUCAUCUACAUGGUGCUUAGCCUCUUCAUCGCGCUCAUCACUGGCGCCUACGAUACCAUCAAGCACCCCGGCGGUGCUGGCGCAGAGGAGAGCGAGCUCCAGGCCUACAUCGCGCAGUGCCAGGACAGCCCCACCUCCGGCAAGUUCCGCCGCGGGAGCGGCUCCGCCUGCAGUCUCCUCUGCUGCUGCGGCAGGGACGCAUCGGAGGAGCAUACGCUGCUGGUGAACUGAGUCGGAGCGGCCACUGCUACUGGACACUAGCCCUCCGACUGCGGAGACUCACGCUUAUUUAUUUGUAGGGUUUGCUUUUAUGGACCGGUUCCUUCCCGCGCCCUGAGGACCUGGGCCAGUCGGGUCGGACGCGGGUGGAGACGGGCGG